UUGAUGACAAAACGAGUUUUGCUUUCAAAGUGAACGGAAGCUUCCAUCCAGAUGCGUUAUUUAUUUACUUUAGUAUUCGUCGACUGUAAAAAAGUAGAAUCCGUUUUUGACUUGUGUAGUAAACAUUCGCCAAUCCCAUAACAUAACUUGUUCACACUGAAACGUUGUUACAUACGUAUAGUGUACAUUGUACAGCCAUCAAUUCAAAUUCGGCUUAAUUAAAAAUCAAUGUGAAAAAAUUUGUCGAAGAUGCAAGUGAUGCGACGUAUUUCGUUUGGAAUGCUGAUAUGUACAUGCCUUAUCGGCUACAGCCAAGCAGCUUCACUUUCACUUUUAAUGCCAGCAUCAAGCAGACUUUCAGCCAACAGACAUCAUUCCCUUUCCACUGAUACCAUAUCUUCAAAUGCACGUCAUAAUACUUAUAUUAAACGUAAUCAUGAGGAGGCAAAGGUGGACCAAGAUGUAAUAGACUUAGAGAGCUUAAAACAUGCAGCGAGCAGUACAGACACAGAUAAACAUGAUGAAAAAUUGGCAACACUUGAAAUGCAGUUAGCAGCUGCAGUGAACGGUGAUGAGCAUGGUCAAAUUGAAACUGUUGAAAAACAGCCCGUCGAAACUGAGGUGACCAACAAAGCCACAUCCGUUGAUGACAUUCAUUCCGACAAUGUAUCGUCUAAUACGAAUGCAAGCACGAAUGAAAACGUAAAUGCGAAUGCAAAUUCGAGUGGCAUCCGCACACAAGGCGCUCAGCCCAAGCAAUAUCAUGGAGCUGCACGAUUAGCGUUUGGACAAAAUCCAGAAAUUGUAAGUACUACAAGUAUACCAACCACUGCAACAUCCACUGCAAUAGCAACGUCCUCGAGCCAAAUAUCAGUAGACAACAGUUCUUCGGGCGUUGAACAUGAGAGCACACCUCCUAUUGAGAUCACAAAUAAUGGUGAAAGACGCUCGGGAAAUAUGAAUGGCGCUAAGAAUGCGGAAUAUCUGUUUAAGCAUAGCGGUGGACAAUAUAGUGCAUUGGACAUGGCGCAGUAUGUUUUUUGGACUGGCGACGAAGAGGGUGUAGCCAAAGCCGUUGAAGAAUUCAUUCGAAAGGGAUUGAUGUCACGUGAAAAUGCAAUCAAAUUUUUGCGAGAUAUUUCAAUGGGAAUUGAUUAUUUGGAAAAUGCGUACUCAGCGAAUCGACAAGUUGAUUUAAUCGAGGACAAUUCAAUUAGGAGCUAUCCACAGCUGAUUGCGACAACAACAACCACAACCACUACAACACAAAAGCCAAUCGUUUUGGUUGAGAAGUCAGUGAUUCCUCCGCUGACCAACAAUCAAUAUGGUGAAAUUCCAGCGUCACUUAUGCAACUGAAUGAGAUCCCAAAUGAAUCGAAAACAAAAGUUCCACGUGUAGAGCAUUCCAUCAAUUUAGAUGAAGCAUCUGGUCGACUAAGAUUGGCCGAUUUUCUUUAUGCAGAAUAUUCACUAGAAGAAGUAAUAUAUCAAUUAGCCAAGGCAAUGUUUGCACAGUCAUUAGCAAAAGGAUCUGAUGAAGCUCAAACAACUCUGCAACGAAUGACGACGUUCCUUGAAAGCGAAGGAUCAAGCGGCCGAAUAUCACCCGCUUUGCAGAAAUCAGUUUUAGAUGUUCUACUUGUUGCUUUAGCAGACUGUUUAGCAGAAAAUCCACAAUUGGUUGCGGCCGCUAAAUUGAGUUUAAGUGAAACGGGACUACAGCUGCCAAAACAACUAGACAAACAUUAAUUAAAUCAGUUGUUAUUGCAUACAAAUGAAUAAAGAAAUAUUUAAUUAAACAAUUUAUCAUUUCACCAAAAUCAAUUCAAAUAUUCAAAACGUCCACGCACACAUUCACUCACAAUAAACAGAUUCACAUACAAAUUCGAUUAACAACAAAAAUAAAUAAAACAAAUUAUGCUGUAUAUCAAAUAAAUUUCUGAAAUGAAACCAUGUAUUGAGCUUCGUAAAUUAUAAGAAACUUUAAAUGUAAUUCAAUUGGGAUAAUAAAACUGAAACUCCAUUAAAUUUGGCAUUAAA